AAAAAGGGGGCGGGGGGUUAGUAGGUGGAGGCUUGUCGACUGAUCAGAGAAAGAGAAGAGAGAAAGGUGGCUGGUCACAUGACCCUCAUCGUAAACCGUACAUCCUCUGUCCAUCUGUAUUAAACAUCAUCCGUAUAUUUGUUAUUUUUGGGCAACAGGAAACACACAUUCCUUUUUUGUAACAGUUUUGGGGUAAGCGCUCGUAACGAACAAUUGAUAUGUCUGAAAUUGUGCCUCCAGAAGUCAGACCCAAACCCGCAGUCCCUGCUAAACCUACUGGGAUCUCAUCAGUCCAUGGCUCUCAGGGCUCAGGUGUCGGGGGUCAGGGGGCAGGUGGAGGGUCCUCGCUCUUGGGAUAUAUUGGGAUUGAUACCAUCAUUGAACAAAUGAGGAAGAAAACCAUGAAGACUGGCUUUGACUUUAACAUCAUGGUAGUGGGCACCAGUGGCCUGGGGAAGUCCACCUUGGUGAAUACGCUGUUCAAAUCUCAGGUCAGCAGAAGGAGCACAGGGUGGAGUCGUGACGAGAAGAUCCCCAGGACUGUGGAGAUCAAAGCCGUGUCCCAUGUGAUCGAAGAAGGUGGAGUGAAGAUGAAGUUGACAGUAAUUGACACUCCAGGCUUUGGAGACCAGAUCAACAAUGAAAACUGCUGGGAUCCCAUUUCAAAGUACAUCAAUGAGCAAUAUGAAAAAUUUCUGAAGGAGGAGGUUAAUAUUGCUCGCAAGAAACGCAUACCGGACACCAGAGUGCACUGCUGCCUCUACUUCAUCUCUCCUACUGGACAUUCUCUGCGGCAGCUGGACACAGAGUUCAUGAAGAAUUUGAGUCGCAUGGUGAACAUCAUCCCGGUCAUUGCCAAAUCCGACACGCUGACAGUGGAGGAGAAGAUUGAAUUCAAACAGAGGGUAAGAAAGGAACUGGAAAUAUCUGGCAUAGAGUUUUACCCCCAGAAAGAGUUUGAUGAAGACAUGGAGGACAAGAGCGACAAUGAUAAGAUCAGGGAGGCCAUGCCCUUCGCAGUGGUGGGCAGUGAUAAGGAAUACCAGGUUAAUGGUAAACGGGUCCUGGGCAGGAAGACGCCCUGGGGAGUGGUUGAAGUUGAAAAUCCAAUUCACUGUGAAUUUGCCCAAUUGCGAGAUUUCUUGAUCAGGUCUCACCUGCAAGACCUCAAAGAAGUGACUCACAAUAUCCACUAUGAAACAUAUCGUGCCAAGAGGCUCAAUGAUAAUGGAGGCCUUCACCCCAUCUCUACUGCCCCCUCUGGUGACACACAGGAGAGCAACUUGUGAGUGAGGGUGUCAGAGAGCAUGUAGUGCUGAGGUACAGAAACGGUGAUAGAAGUUUGUAUUGUGAUGCCAUCACUGCAUGCUCAGAGGGUUUCAUUCCACUUAAAUGUUCUGUACCUAUAUUUUUACUACAAUACACAAUCUCUCCUCUCACAACCUUGCCAAAUGCACAUGAACUGACCUCUUAACAAAUGGAGACAGAUUGUAAAUCUAUAAAAAUGGACUACUUGGUCUCAUAUUUACAUUAACCAAAUGUAAUUUCCCUCAGUCAAUUGAAACUCUUUUUAGUAAGCCAUGGAAAAAUUCCAUUACUUACUGUAAGCUACUGCAGUAUAGUAUAAUCAUUCCAAUAAAUCUGUGAAGUGUAUUACUAAUUUGUCAGUUAACUGAAUGCACAAAAGAAAUCUCAGAGCUUGUGUUACACUGCACACAGCAAAAGUUAAUUCAACAGUAAUAGUGUUGAAAUAAUAAUAAAAAAACUGCUUAUUUGUGUACAGAUCGCCAUAGUAAGUACUGGAAUUAAAAUAUUCUGAUCUCUGUAUAUUUACAGGAAAUUUUGUUUAAGGUCAGCCCUGAAAGAAUUCUUUCACAAAAUAAGGUUUUCUCCUAAGAAUUUGUACAAUCAAGUUAUAUGUAUAUAUGAGAGUGAGUGUAAAUCUUGUCUUUUGUGUCUGAGAAGUACUUUGUCAUGUAACAGGUAGUUGUAUAAUUUAUUUUGUGAAAAGUAUAAUAGUAGGUUUCUUGGACAAUGGUACAGGACGGUAUUAAUGGUAAUACAAGUUUGGGGAAAUUGUACUUUAUAGCUAGAUUGUCUGUAUGUGUGCAUGCAAGAAUGUCAAUGAAUUGUUUCAUUUUUACUAUUAUUAUUUUGUACAUAUUAUAUAUUACCACCAACAGAUUUUUAUGAAUCAAUUUAAUGAUUUGUAAACUUUCAUUCUUAUCAAUACAUAGUUGGUUUAUAUGAACAUUUUAAUAAUUGCAUUACCUCUGUAUCACACCAUCUAUAUAUUAUAUAUUAAUAUAAUAUCAAUAUCUUAAGGUAGAUGUAACAUAAGAAUUUCAUGUUUUUUUAGUUACCUUUUGUUUGUUACAUGUCAUACCAGAUCGAUACUGUUGUAAUUUACUGCAUUGUGAUUUCAGUAUUAUAUUUUCUUUAUAUAUUGAAACAUAAUUUUAUUUUUAAACGUUUGCCAAUUUUUCCAUUCAUUUUCUUGCUCUUUUUAUCAACCCAAUUGUCCUAUACUUGCCAAAUACCACGUGCUAAAUGAAAACCAAGAACUACAAGGAUAAAAAGUAUGUUUUGUGUGUGAAUGGUAUUGCUAUUGUUGCCAUUAAUGUUGGUAUGAUUAUGAUUUUUGUAAAUUAAAAAUAAAUCUUGCACCUCUUUAAUGAC